ACGUUUAAAUAUUUUGGACACUGCCAGAGCCUGUGACACAGCCUUAUCUCACCGCCUCGGCGUAUCCUGGUUAACUAAAAUGUGCGCGUGCGUCCACGCAGGUGCGGAGAGAACUUAGUAGGCUACUGGGUUGCAGAGAGCGGACGAAGGAGAGGACAGGUUUAUUUUUGAAAGACCGUAAAGUGAGGCCAAAUUCUAGGAGGAGGGCGGUGUGUCCGUUCCGUUUUUCCGCACCAGGAUGGAAGUGGGCAUCUCUAAAUCCCAAGUGUUUCUCAACUGCAGUCCCAGCUCCCUCCUUUCCCAGUGGAGUGUCCCCCUGGCCAGUGUGAUGGAGGCGGGGUCUAAAGGCACCCUCAGCCCAGGCAAGAUGGCGGCGCUGGCGGCAGGGCUGUCGGUGGGCGCAGCCACGCUGGGAUACAUCGUCUACCGCUCCAUCAGCAGCAACACUCCUGAGCUGACGGACCCUGAGAGCUCCAGGAUGACCGUACCGUUGGAGGUGUACCGGAACAUCUCCAGAUACCAGGCUGGCUUCCUGGAGCUGGUGAGCCAGCAGUCGGGGGCCCAGGUGAGGGUGCAGUCGGAGGGGGGGGACCCCAGCUCCCAGCACGCCGUGUGUCUGCAGCUCCGGGGCUCUGCAGAGCAGGUGCUGCGGGCCAGGUGUGCUGUGGACAAGCUAGCCAGUGACUGUGAGCCCACCUGCCACGCCAUCGAGGUCCCCUACUCCGCCUUCGGGCGCAUCAUAGGUCGAGGCGGCGAGACACUGAAGUUCAUCACCAGGACAACGGGCGCCAAAGUGAACUGUCCUCGGGAGAGGGGUCGGAGCCUGGAGGAGAAAGGCAAAGUGUCCAUCGCAGGGACCCGCCUGGAGGUCAGGCAGGCCAAGGAAAUGAUCCUGGAGAAGGUUCUGGAGGACCAAACAGUGAGGAUGAGAAUCUCCCAGGCUUCCUCCCGUCGCCAGAAGAGACGACCCCAUGACCCGGAGGUCACCGAGGCCGAGCCCUCUCCCGAGCCAACCAAUGAGGGUCCUUGCCCUGCCCAGGGGGAAGGGCUUGUCCUGGCCAAUGGUCCGGCAGGAGGGCCGGUGGGGGCAGGGCAUACGGAGUGUAAAACCUUGAACGGUGACGCAAGACAGGAGGAGGAGGAGGAAGAUAUCGUCUCGCCUGAUUCCCUCUCUGACGUGUCCAAGUUUGAAAUCCCCAGCCCUGACCUGAGCUUCCAGCCGGACGAGCACCUGGAGGUAUACGUGUCAGCCAGUGAGAACCCCCACCACUUCUGGAUCCAGAUUCUUGGAGUGCGCUCCCUGCAGCUCGACAAGCUCACCCAGGAGAUGAGCCGUUUCUACAGCAACGAGACGCUGCCCGAGCAGCGUGUGGAGGCCCUGGUGGUGGGGGACAUCGUGGCGGCUCCGUACCGGGACCACGGCACCUGGAACCGGGCGCGGGUGCUGGGCGUGCUGGGCGGCCCGUCCGGCCUGGUGGACCUCUACUACGUGGACUACGGAGACAACGGGGAGCUGCCCCGCGACAGCCUCCGCAGCAUGAGGAGCGACUUCCUCAGUCUACCAUUCCAAGCCAUCGAGUGUAGCUUAGCAGAUGUCAGUCCAGCAGGCGAGGUGUGGAGCGAGGCAGCCAUGGAUGACUUCGACCGGCUCACCUACUGCGCCGAGUGGAGACCCCUGCUGGCCAAACUGUGCAGCUACUCCCACUCUGAGGUCUCCUCCUGGCCCAGUGUCAAGCUCUACGACAAAAGCCAGGGCAAGGCUGGGGACCUAGGGGAGGAGCUAAUUGCGCUGGGUCACGCUGUGCUUUGCCAGGAUAUGGGGAACGGGCACGGUGACCGUGACGACGCUGGCUCUCUACAGAGGAUGCUGGACGACGUUACAGGAGCAACAUCUGAGCUCAGCCUGUCCUGUAUCAGCCUAUCAGAAGUCGCGUCGAUCUCAGGAAGUGUCGACGACGUCAUAGAGGACGAGAUGACGUGAGACCAAAGACGUCAAGAAUACUGAACUGACCGUCCACUCUGCUACAAACUCUGGAGAAGCAGACCCCCCCACCCCCUUUAAGACCCCCCCCCUCCCCUCCCGACUCCAAACCGACCACCCCCACCAAAGCCCUUCAUCAGGAAGCCUUACUACUUGACUGUGUGUUCAGCAGAUCAUUCUUCCAGACAAUUUUCGUUGUACUGUUGUUAUCGUCUCCUGUCCCUGAAAAGGGUCGGAUUCAAACCUCUGUUCCUCAAACCGUUUAUGCUGUUCUGUUGCCGCUCAAUGCUUUGUUUGCCUUUAUUACGUGUAUACCUUCAUACGUUGAAACUAUGUUGAAGUGCUUAGGAGAGGUACUACAAACCGAAUUCCAGUAUUAUUGAUUGAUUGUUCAAAGCACUGUGAUGUGUGCCAUUAGACAUUGAAAGGCCACCUUGGCAAGUGUCGCUUUGGUUUUUAUGUUCGUUUUUCUAUUUUUGAGUAAAUUAAAAUUUAAGGUCCCAUGUGCUUUAGAUGCUGCUUAAGUUGUAAGAAGUUAUGAGGGUGAAUGUUGUGUUAUGUAAGAGGAAAUGAAUGGUAUCAACAAAAACAGAAAUUAUAUUCGCUGAACUGCAUAAAUAUAUUUACAGAUAUAAGUGGUGCAAUUGUCAAGCACUGCAUGUAUACAGACAUAUCAUUGCAAUGUACAUUUACAAAUAAAGCUAUAAUGUUACGUUUA